CUGGGUAGUAUAGCCCACCUAAAGUAUCAAGUACUCACUCGGUAUAGGCUCUCGCAGUUGUUAAUAAAUUGUGUACAGGUACAGCACCAUAAUGAGCGAAAAUGCAGAGAACGAAGUUUGCGCUAUGUGUAAGUCGUCCGCAAAACAAAAAUGCAGUGGUUGCAGAUCUGUCUUCUACUGCAAUCGUGAACAUCAGAAGCUUCAUUGGAAGGAACAUUCGAAAAAAUGUAUAGCUUUCAGACUUGCCGAAGAUGAGAAGCUAGGACGCCACUACGUGGCCACAAGAAGGAUCGAAAUCGGAGAUCUAAUUUUAAGGGAUGAGAAACCUCUUGUUGAAGGACCACUUCAAGGCACCACAGCGCUUUGCCUUAGUUGUUAUGUACUGUUAAAUACUGAAACUGCUAAACCUUGCGAAAAGUGUGGCUGGCCCUUGUGUUCAAACUGCGUAGAACAUGGUCCCGAGUGUCAAUUUACAACCAAUCACAAAGGAACCAAGGUGAAAAUAACGGACUUUGAUUAUCCCCAUCCGACUUAUAGAUGUAUUGCUGUAGUUAGAGCUCUUUGCUUAAAGGAAACGAACCCCAAAUCAUAUAAAAGGUUUCUAAGUUUAGAAGAUCACAAUAAAAAAGCAGCCCUUUGCAAUGAAAUUCAUUUCCAUGAAUCUACAGAUAUUGCACGUUUUGUGAAAAGAUUUUUUAAACUAAAUGAUGUUUCGGAAAAUGAAAUUGCUAAGAUAGCUGGCAUCCUAAAGAUUAACGGCCAUGAAGUACCCACAACGGAGCCUGCUCACAUGGCCGUUUAUGACCUUUCAUCUUUCUUGGAACAUAGUUGUCGAGCAAACGGUUCAAAGAGCUUUACGGCUGAAGGUGCAUUAGUGAUACGUGCGGCUUCUCCCAUUUCUAAAGGUGAACACAUUACGAUUUGCUACACGGAUCCCUUGUGGGGAGUUACAAACAGAAGACAUCAUUUAUUACGUACGAAGUUCUUUGAAUGCAUGUGUACAAGGUGUACAGAUCCAACCGAGUUUAUGACAAUGUUUAAUGCAAUAAUGUGCACCAAGGGUGAAUGCAACGGCUCUAUGCUUCCGAAGACGUUCAUACUACAUAAUGAAGAACGGCCUGAUUAUAUUUGUCAUACAUGUAACUCUUCAAUAUCGUGGCGUAUGGUAGAACAAAUAACGGACAAAAUAGGAGUAGAUUUGUCCCAAAUGAGAAAAGGGGAUGUACAAGCUUGUAAAACUUUCAUUCAUCAGCACGCGAAGACACUUCAUGAGAACCAUUUUUACAUGACGGAUGUAAAAUUAGCCUUAUCACAGCUAAUAGGUCAACAGGAAAAAUUGUCAACAAUCGAUAUUGAGAUGCUCAGUGAAAAGAUUUUACUUUGUAAAAAGCUUGACGAAUUGCUUCGAACUAUAGCACCUGCUGAAAACCGUGUGAGAGGUGUAAAUCUAUUCGAAAUGCAUGCAGCAAUUUCCGAAUUCGGAAGGAGACAAGGGCAGGAUGAGCUUCGUGGAAUUUUGAUGAGUCAUCGUGGCUCAGAUGGUACAGUGAUUAUCCUAUGUUCCAUUACUGCAGCCUUGGCAGCCACGCUGGAGCGGGUUCAAUUCCCAAAGCAGGAAGCGAGGCUGAACGUGCUUUCUGAAAGCUUUGCUUCUGUCCCUUGGUUUACUACCCCACAGAUACUCUACGAUUUAAUCAAAAUCACUGGCGAGGGUCAAUGAUAAACAAAGAAGGGACAACGGAUUUUUCAACAAAAUCCUAGAAGAAUAUAGUGAGGCUGUCCUUUCAAAUCUUAAAAAACGGUCCAAGGCAAGUGUCAUGAUAGCCAAGAAUUCCAACCAGACAUCUUUCUCCUUCGAUACAGGAGAGAACGUGCCCCUCUCAAAACAUAU